CGAGUCUGCACACCCCCGGAUCUCUCCUCUGUGGCCUAAAACCCCCCAUAAUAACAUCUUCUUGUGUAUAUAAACCCACUCCCCUCCUCGUUGCGACACAUUUAAAUAGUCACUCGUUUCUGAUCCAAAGUCAACAACAAAUACAAGAGAAACAACUGGUACCAAUGUCACAAAUCUUAAAACAGAGAGUGAGAUACGCUCCAUAUCUUCAAAAAUUGAGAACUCCAGAACAAUGUGUGGAAUUGUUCAAAAAUGGUCAAUACUUGGGUUGGUCUGGGUUCACAGGUGUUGGUGCUCCAAAAGUGGUUCCUGAUGCUUUGGCUCAACACGUUGAAGACAACAACUUACAAGGUCAACUACAAUUCAACUUAUUUGUUGGGGCUUCAGCUGGUCCUGAAGAAAGUAGAUGGGCUACAAAUAAUAUGAUUGCAAGAAGAGCUCCUCAUCAAGUUGGUAGACCAAUUGCUUCAAAUAUUAAUGAUGGUAAAACUCAAUUCUUUGAUAAACAUUUAUCAAUGUUUCCUCAAGAUUUAACUUAUGGGUUUUAUACAAGAGAAAAGGAAAAUGAUUUAUUAGAUUUUACAAUUAUUGAAGCUACCGCUAUAACUGAAGAUGGUUCAAUUGUUCCAGGUCCUGCUGUGGGUGGUUCUCCAGAAAUGCUUUCAGUUUCUGAUAAAAUCAUUAUUGAAGUUAAUACUGUUACACCAUCUUUUGAAGGUUUACAUGAUAUUGAUUUACCAAUUAAUCCUCCAAAUAGACCUCCUUUACCUUAUACUUCAGCUGAUCAUAAAAAUGGAAGAAUUUCAAUCCCUGUGGAUCCAAAUAGAGUUGCUGCAAUUGUCGAAUCAACUAAAAAAGAUGUUGUCCCUCCAAAUACUCCUUCUGAUCAAAUGUCAAAAAACAUUGCAAGUCAUUUAGUUAAAUUUUUCAGAGAUGAAGUUAAAGCUGGUAGAGUUCCAGAAAAUUUACAUCCUUUACAAUCCGGUAUUGGUAAUAUUGCAAAUGCCGUUAUUGAAGGUUUAGCUGAUGCUAAUUUCAAACAUUUAACCGUUUGGACUGAAGUUUUACAAGAUUCUUUCUUGGAAUUAUUCCAAAAUGGUUCUUUAGAUUAUGCUACUGCAACUUCAAUUAGAUUAACUGAAAAAGGUUUUGAAAAAUUCUUUGAUAAUUGGGAUGAAUUUUCUUCAAAAUUAUGUUUAAGAUCUCAAGUUGUUUCAAAUUCUCCAGAAGUCAUUAGAAGAUUAGGUGUUAUUGCUAUGAAUACUCCAGUUGAAGUGGAUAUCUAUGCUCAUGCUAAUUCAACAAAUGUUUCAGGUUCUAAAAUGUUACAUGGUAUUGGUGGUUCUGGUGAUUUCUUAAGAAAUGCUAAAAUUUCAAUUAUGCAUACUCCAGCUGCAAGACCUUCCAAAAAAGAUCCAACUGGUAUUUCUUGUGUUGUCCCAUUUGCUUCUCAUAUAGAUCAAACUGAACAUGAUUUAGAUGUCAUUGUUACUGAUAAAGGUUUAGCUGAUUUAAGAGGUUUAUCUCCAAGAGAAAGAUCAAGAGUUAUUAUUAAAAACUGUGCUCAUGCUGAUUAUGUUGAUCAAUUAUUAGAUUAUGUUAAUAGAGCUGAAUUUUAUGCUCAAAAGACUAAAUCUUUACAUGAACCUCAUAUCUUGAGAGAUGCUUUUAAAAUGCAUUUGAAUUUAGCACAAAAUGGUACCAUGAAAUUAGAUUCAUGGGAUCAAAAAUUUGACUGAUUAUAAAAAAAAACAUAUACA